GCGUUUGUGUUGUGUUGGUCCUCCAACUCCACAAAACCAGAGCUGCCAUUGCUGCCUUUCUAACUCGACUCUGACGAUUUACCCAAACCGCUGAACCGGUUCUUGUUACUGGUUUUACAUUGGUUCGAACCGGUUUAAACCCUGCAAAAAGACCCUUUUCGCCCCUUCUGAGUGGAUCCAUGUUUUUCUUCAAUUUCACUGUGCAAAGUGUCUCUAGCUUGGCGUUGAAGCUCUACAAUUAUGAAAUGAAGCCUUGUUCGUGAUGGGUUUUCGUAAAGUUACACUCUUUUCCUUUCAGUUUGGUUGAUCAAGUUCUGCAGAAAGACCCCUUUAAUCAGAAUCCGAUUAGAGAAAGAAAAGUUGAAUAAAGAGGUGGUUGCAUCAGAAUCAAAAUGCCAGAGGUUAGGAUCAUUGCGAAGAAUUUCAUGGACAUGGUGGCUUCCAUGCCCGCCAUGAAGCUCGAUAAGCUCUAUGAAAAUGGAUUCAUCUGUGAAGCUAUUCUCAGGUCUCUUCCGCCUCUUGCCAAGAAAUAUGUCUUACAGAUGCUGCAUAUUGAUGUGCAAGUGGCAGCUAAAUUAUUGGAGGAGUGGGUGCUUCCCGAUGGAGCUUCAAAGCACAGAGUAGCCGUUGAUAGGUUGGUUCAAUUGAGAGUUUUUCUUGAAGCUGUUGACAGGAAGAAUGAAAAGACUUACAAACUUAACACAACAUUUCAGAGAAGUCUCCAGAAACUUUUAGUACAAGGGGGAACUUUGCCUAGGGAAUCAAUGCCUUCUAAUAUUACUGUGAGGCUCCCAACAUUAGAAGAUCUUGAGGCCUAUGCUCUACAACAAUGGGAGUGUUUCUUGUUGCAACUCAUAAGCCCAAGUCAUGUUGAAAAGCCCUUAAAUAUUAGCUCUUCAUUGAUGAAAGUUUUCCAGCGGCGUCUCCUUAGCCAAAGAGACAAAGAAGCUCCAAAAUUAACUGAAAGUGGUUUCCAGUUUUUGCUGAUGGAUACAAAUGCACAGCUUUGGUACAUCAUCAGAGAAUAUAUCUCAAAUUCUGAGGAGAGAGGUGUUGAUGCAGCUGAGUUGAUCUCAUUCAUGCUGGAGCUUAGUUUUCAUGUUAUCGGGGAGGCCUACAAUAUAAACACAUUGACUGAUUUUCAGAGGAACAUAGUUAAGGAUCUAGCAGACCUUGGACUGGUCAAACUUCAGCAGGGCAGGAAAGAAAGUUGGUUCAUACCUACAAAACUGGCAACCAAUCUUUCCAUGAGCUUGGCUGAUUCAUCAUCUAGAAAGCAGGGAUUCGUGGUUGUAGAAACAAAUUUUAGAGUUUAUGCUUACUCAACUUCAAAAUUACAUUGUGAGAUAUUGCGGCUAUUCUCCAGGGUAGAGUACCAACUUCCAAAUCUUAUUGUUGGGGCUAUCACAAAAGAAAGCUUGUAUAAUGCUUUUGAAAAUGGCAUUACAGCAGAGCAGAUAAUCAGUUUCCUUCAGCAGAAUGCGCAUCCUCGUGUUGCAGAGAGGAUACCAUCAGUGCCUGAAAAUGUCACAGAUCAGAUUAGGCUGUGGGAAGGAGAUCUAAACAGAGUUGAGAUGACAGAAGCAUAUUAUUAUGACGAGUUCCCUUCCCGAGAUGUAUUUGAAGGUGCAUGUGACUGUGCCAGAGAAUGGAAUGGCUUGUUAUGGGAAGAUUCAAAGAAGAUGCAUAUGGUGGUCAAAACUGAGGUACAUACCUAUGUGCGAGAUUUUUUACGCCGCCAAAAGUAGUAAGAAAGGCAAGACCAUCUCAUGAUGCAUCUUCCUCCCCCUAACAUGCAAUGUAAAAUUAGGACCAAAAAGAAUCACUUUUUUGAGCUCCUUUUAAAGGAAAUGGUUAUACAAUUGGCAGCCACAUGUAUUCUUUUUUUGUUUCAUAUUUUCACUUUUGGAAAAAAUAUUAAGAAGAAAAACAAAACGAACUUAGCCUUCAAAGUAAUUAGUUUUGACAUUCUUCCUCUUCUCUUCAAAUCUUUUUGUUUUGGUAAGGGAGACGGGAAGUUAUUUCCCUUUAUGAUUUUAAUGCUUUGAAACUUUAUUAUUUUUAUCAUUAUUGAAUUGAAAUAAAGUGUAAUAUUGUGCCGUCAAAGUAUUAUAAAGCAUAAACUGAGAGGAUCUCGUGUG